UCCUCCGCCCACUUAGUUCUUGAAUGCCAAUGGUACAGCCCCGUUUUGUUCCUUGAUACCUAGGUGUCGGGUAACCUGUAACUCAAGAUAGGCGGGUGGAAAACUAGAGAAAGAGCAAAGUGGGUGGAGAUAAAAAAAAAUGAAAGAGAGCAAGAGGAAAGAAGGGAAGGAGCAGUUCAGACAGCAAGCUACUUGCAACAAGCCGCGCAGGAGUGGAAACAAAAAGAAAUCCUCGCUAUUUAGCUAAUAAGAGACAGCUCAAGACGUCUCCGCUCGUUGCUGUUUCGCUAAUGCUGUCAUGUGAUUGCCCUUGGCUUUUCUUUCUUCGUUUUUUUAAGCAGCCAAAGGCAGGGCUGAUAAUCAACCGCCGUUGCUUCUGCUCUUUUUACUCGAUCGGCUGAUUCUUUCUUUUUCAGUGUACAGCUAAAUCAUUUGCUAGCACAUAUCAGCGGGAGGGACUCUCAACACACGGGCAGCGGGGGUCAGAAGGAAGACGCGGAGGACCUGGGUUUUACAACAGCAAUGCCGUUGCACUUUUAGUACUGGAGGAUUUAAAACACACACGGUUCCCAAGUAACUGUGACCACAGUGGGAUUCUGAAGGGGCAAACUGGAAGCAAGAACAGAGAUCAAAUCAAAAGCAAAUCCUCUUGGCAGAAGGGAUCUGUGCCGCAGCAGCGCAGUGUAUGCUGCCCCUUACUUUUUGAGGGUCUUUGGUGAGCCGAUAGCAUUGGGAGAGAAAAAUGCUCAAUAAACGAAGAGCGUCGGUGGAGGCUGGGCCCUUUAUCCAUGCUCAGAGCAGGACUACCUUUUUAAUUCUAGGGCUGCUGGCAGCCAUUGUCCAUGGCAACUGGCCCAACGGGCAGGUGGAGGUAGUAAGAGACUUGGGGAGCCAGUUGGAGGCUUCCAUGCAGUCGUCUUUGCUAACAGAAUUGCAGGAGACGGCCUCCGUAGGGGUGGUACCGCCAGCCGGCAUCCCUGACUCCUCUGCUGUGGUGGGACGAGUCUUUCAGAUGAAGGUUCCUGUGGAAACAUCUGACACAACGAGCAGUAUAAUCAAGAUCACCGAAGUUGGGAAGGAGAGCUUGCCCUCUUGGCUAUACUGGGAUUCUCAGAGCCACACUUUACAGGGCCUUCCUCUGGAACUGGACAAAGGUAUCCAUUAUAUUGCAGCCUCUCUGCUGGAGCUUGUAGCGAACGGAAGCCACGUUCCUCGGACGACCGAUGUCUUCUCAAUCGAGGUCCACCCUGAAGAACAUGCAGACACCGAUCCCAUGCAGAUUGCUGUCCAAUCUGUCAAUGAGGCUCAGCCUUUCAUCUGUGGAACUGAGGAGCCAGUGACCAUAUUGACCGUGAUCCUGGAUGCAGACUUGACCAAAAUGACAUCUAAGCAACGGGUAGAGCUACUGGACAGAAUGAAGAAGUUCUCAGAGGUCAGGCUUCAUCACAUGAAGCUUCUGCCUGUUGUCAACAACAGAUUAUUUGACAUGUCUGCCUUCAUGGCAGGCCCUGGCAAUGCAAAAAAGGUGGUUGAAAAUGGGGCCUUAUUAUCCUGGAAACUGGGUUGUGCCCUGGACCAGAGUAACGUCCCAGACAUAAGUAGUGUUGAAGUACCAGCUAAAGGUGGCACCAUGUCAGCACAGCUGGGAUAUCCUGUUGUCGGUUGGCAUAUUGCCAACAAGAAACCCCACGUGCCCAAAAGGGUCCGGCGACAACUUUACGCAACACCCACACCAGUAAUUGGGGUGCUUCCCCCAACUGCUGCCCCCCAGGAACCCCCAACCCGCAUAGUGCCAACCCCCACUUCUCCAUCAAUUGCUCCCAGUACUGAAAGUAUUGCCCCUCCAAUCAGGGGACCUGUCCCACUUCCAGGAAAGCCAACUGUUACCAUCAGAACUAGAGACCCUAUUGCCCACACUCCAACCUUGAUCCCAGUACAGCCCACUAGGGUAAUGGAUACAACCAGUACAGUACCCAUCCAGCCUACAGUGACCAGACCUGGUUAUGUAGAACCAACAGCUGUGGUCACUCCACCAUCUGCAACCACCAAGAAACCCAGGAUAACUCCUGGAAGACCAAGAACCACCCCCGCAACCACCACAUCUACUGCUACAAAGAAACCCAGGAAGGGCAAGACCCCUCGUCCACCAGCCACUACCAGAACUCCAAGCACAAGGAUGGACACCACAACCCCAACCACGCCCAGACGUACUACGCCUUCUGCUGUCCACCCUGGAGCACGCAACAUACCGCCAGAGCUGAGGAACCAUAUUGACCGAGUAGAUGCUUGGGUUGGCACCUACUUUGAAGUGAAAAUCCCCUCUGAUACCUUCUUUGAUGUGCAGGAUGGCACCACUGACAAGUUGAGACUAACCCUGAAACUGAAGCAGCAGGAGGUGGUGGGGGAGGGUUCCUGGGUCCAGUUCAAUACGACCAGCCAGCUCUUGUACGGUAUGCCUGACUUGUCUCACGUGGGAGAGCAUGAAUAUUUUAUGCAUGCCACAGACAAGGGUGGUCUGAGUGCCGUUGAUGCAUUUGAGAUCCAUGUACGGCGCCAACCCCACAACUACAAGCCGCCUGUCCGCUUCACCGCUCGUUUCAGUGGUGAUCCACGAACCGUGGUCAACGAUGUUCACAAAAAGAUUCAGCUGGUCAAGAAACUGGCUUAUGCUUUUGGAGACCGCAACAGCAGCACAGUCACCCUGCAGAACAUCACCAGGGGUUCAAUUGUAGUGGAAUGGACCAACAAUAGCUUGCCUCAAGACCCCUGCCCCAAGGAACAGAUCCAGGCCCUGAGCAAGAGGAUUGCAGAUGGCCAAGGUAAGCCAAGCCAUCUUUUCAACAGCGCAAUGGAACCAGAGUUUCAGCCCAUCAACAUUACUGUUACAGGCACAGGCAGUUGCAAGAAUUAUAUGUUUGUACCAGCUGGUACAACUCCUCCAAUGCCAGGGCCCACAGUUCCUCUCCAACCAAGAGACACUGGACGCCAGAGCACAGAUGAUGUCUAUCUUCACACUGUCAUCCCAGCUGUUGUGGUGGCGGCUAUCCUCCUUAUUGCGGGCAUCAUCGCAAUGAUCUGUUACCGUAAGAAGCGCAAGGGCAAACUGACCAUUGAGGACCAGGCCACCUUCAUCAAGAAGGGGGUGCCCAUUAUCUUUGCUGAUGAGCUAGAUGACUCCAAGCCUCCUCCGUCCUCCAGCAUGCCCCUCAUCCUGCAGGAGGAGAAGCCCCCACUGCCCCCUCCAGAGUACCCCAACAUGGCGAGCCCAGAAACAACCCCUCUAAACCAGGACCUCUUGGGAGAGUAUACCCCGUUACGGGACGAGGAUCCCAACGCACCCCCCUAUCAGCCUCCCCCGCCCUUCACUGUUCCCAUGGAAGGGAAAGGCUCUCGUCCAAAGAACAUGACCCCCUACAGAUCACCCCCUCCCUACGUGCCGCCUUAACAUCUAAAGGAACCUCCAAGAGUGGAGGGCGGGACUGUGUAGUUCCACGCCAGUGUUGUCUGUUUGGAAAGUGGGGGGGGGUUUGAUGUAAAGUGCGGGGAAGAUAAAAGGGAAGGUGGCAGCCCGCAAAUACGGUUGCCAAACUGAACUUUAGUCUCUGCAAUGAAACACCGCAUCGAAGGAGAUUCACCCACCCCAGCGCUUUGUUUUUUGUUUUUGUUUUUUUGAACUUGAUAUUGAACUUUCUGCCUAACAGCACUAUCGUCCUUUUUUAUCUUAUGACUUAUUUUCAAGUAAUACAAAAAAAAGAAUAAAAACCAAACACGGCAGACUCCAAAGGUUUGUUAGGGAGGGGGGGGGGGGGUAAAAAAAAAAAAAAGAAAAGAGCAGAAUAUAAACUAACACAACCUUGGGGGGGACUUGAACAAACCUGCAGACAGCACUGGGGCUGGCGUUUUUGAUUCAAUAAGAUAUGCCUUUAACACUAAUUGUACUGUUUUUAUCCUUUAUUCACAUGUUUAGCAAAAAGAAGCAUAACAAGAGGUAGCCUAAAAGAAAAUUAAAGGAAGACAAGUUUGUUUGUUUGUUUUUUUUUUUUUUUUUAUUUAGUCCACAGUAUAUCUAAACUUGUUUUGCUAGACAUGCGUACUGUCGCACCAAAAUAGCCUGCAGGAACUUUUAACAAAUCCUAGAUUAAAAACUUAAAUCUUUACCAAGAAUUGAUUUAGACUAUAUACAAACCGGAUGGAUCACUAAAACAGGAAGCUUGAUUUAUUGUCUGUAGAAGAGAAGCCAAUUUGAGGUUGAAAGGGUGAACUCAUUUGUGUAUUGUAUUUGAAUGAAGCAGUUUAGAGGUUCUGUAAGUAUGAGAAUUUUAAACUUUUUUAAAACGAAUAAACAAUAACAAGGAAGAGGCUGAUAGACUUGCAGGCACUCGUUCUGUGGAAAUUAUAUUUUCUGAUAUUCCACUGAGAUUUUGGUAGAAAGGAUUGCCUACAAAUAUAAAAUUGAAAAGUCUUCUAUACUCAUUGACAUGGACCAUUUCUCAAUAACUGCAGUUGUGUGAUUGGGGGGGGGGGGGGGUUCUAACCAUACCUAUUUGUAUUUCAAUUGGCACCGUGGUGUUAGCAAUCUUCAAUUUUUAGUGGGAGUGGGGAGAAAAGUCCUGCAGUUUAUUUUGGUGCGAUUUAUUUGUAGGUACAUGUAGUGAUGCUCUUUUUCUCACAUUUAAAAAUCAGUGCAGUAGUAAUAUAAAUAAAAAUUCUGAUGUCUACAAUCCACAGCUCUGAAAUCAUAAUGGUUCAAGGCAGAUGAUGAAACAACGGAUGGAGCAAAAUGGUUGUCUCAGCAGAUUAAAUCAUCAAAAUAAAUUUCAGUCUAAUUUUUUUACUAAAUUGAUACAGCCUCAAAUUGUUUUAUUAUGUAUGUAAAACAGCGUACAGUAAUUUGUAAAAGCUGAGCUUCAUAGAAAAUGGAUUCAGAUUUAUUUUUUUUUCCUCAUAGGUCACCUUUUUCAAUUUUAGAGAAUUUUACUUUUUAACUGCCUUUUAAAAGACAUGUAUUCUUAAUGCAUAUAAAUAUAUAUAAUUAUAUCACUGUUUUAUUAUGUUCUCACAUUUUGGGCUUCAUCCUUCACCCAGCUGUCAUGUGGUCUAUCAUGUCAAGCAUGUUUUUUUUUAAUUUGUUCAAUGUGUUCUGGAGGAAAACAAAAUUACUGUAAAAAAAUGUGUUUAAAUCUGGGGAGUAACCCUUUGCAAUAAUGUUCAGUGCUGUGCAGUUCUGAAUGGGCGUGCUCACAAAGCAAUACUAGACAGUGCUUCAUGCUGAGAACGUAUGUGUGGGUGCUCUAGCAAGGCCUUUGGACUGGUGAAUCUUUACUGUCUAUGAAAGAUUCAAUAACUUUCCUAGCAAUUGAACUGGUUUACGUGGUGACAGGUCAGUGUUCUUUUUGCCCUUUGGUAAAAAUUAUAUAUUUGUUUUUGCAUUUCUCCUAGCUGCUUUGACUGGGAAGUGCACGCACCAGACUUUUUUUUCUGUUUUUUAUCCACUCCAUAUUAUGAGCUUCAUUGUACUAGAAAAAAAGAGAGAUAAUGUGUAUUAUCCCCCCCCCCCCCCCCCCCCCCAUUAUUUUUACUCGUACAUUUGUACACAAACAUUUGACAUAUCUAAGCAUUAUGCUUAUCUUGGAGGAUUGGCAAAUGUGUUUUUUUUUUUUUUUUGUUUUGUUUUUAAUUCCUCCAUAUUUCUAGUCUGAACUGUAGAUCUGGCAAUUACACCACCUCCAAAACAUACAGCUGUGUUUGGCUGAGCCAUUUAAUCUAGUCCUCUGGUUUCCUAGACAUUUCUUUUGGAUUUGUUUUCCUCCCAAGAAGAAAUUACAUACUGCCAGCAGUUAUAGAUGUGUGUGUGUGUGUGUGUAUAUAUUGCAUUUCUCUGAGAGAAACCAGUGUUGGUGCUAAUUUCUAUUUGUACCAAUUGUUUUGCUGGUCUGUUAAUUUUUGCCUAUAAAGGAAAUAAUAAUUGCUGUGUGUUUUGUUUGUUUCUUUUGCCAAUAUUAAAUGUAAAGUGUUUGGCUUGUGUCCAGACAUCCCAUUAGCCUUCUGUCCUCUGCUCUGCUGUCAUUUUAGUGGUGGCCAUCUUUAAGUCUGUGUUGGUGGCAGAGCAUAUUGGUUCUUUUUAAAUCGGUCCUUGUAAAAUGAAUAGGGGGAGCUUUUAUAUUGGACAUAUUUUGAAAAAUAAAAUAAUAAAUCAUU